AAUGGCCAAGAGGAACCCCGAGAAUCUGGAUGCCUGGAUCCUAGGCAGUGGCAUCGCCUCCCUCACAGCAGCUGUACUUCUCUUACAAGAAGCCCGCGUCCCUCCGUCGCGCAUCCACAUCAUCGAAACCCUCGACGUCGCCAGCGGUACAACAGUCAGUCAUGGCAAUGCGAAAGAAGGCUACGACUUUCGCGCGGGGAUGCGUCCGCAGUUUAACGACGUCUGCAUGCUCAAUCUAUUGUCAUUAGUCCCCUCGUUUACAGACCCCAACCGCAGCGUGCACGACGAGAUCCUUGACUUCGCUAAAACGCUAGACUUAAAACAUACGCAUGAACAGACGAGGUUUCUAACGCGAAGCGGCAAUAAGGUGCACCGUGUGCAAGGGAAGAAAAUGGCCUUGAGUGUCCGCGACCGUAUUAGUAUAUUCAUGCUGUCGAGUAAGUCAGAGAAGAUGCUGGGGAGGUCCCGCAUAUGCGAUUUCUUUUCAAAAGGGUUCUUCAAGUCUAGUUACUGGCUCGCACUAGCGACGACGUUCGGCUUGAAACCCCAACACUCUGCAGCUGAGUUCCGACGACAUCUGCACCGCUUCAACAAUUUGCACGACUUGUCCGAUCCGCAUCUACUCGAUCUGGGCAAAUACAAUGUCCACGAGUCGAUUAUUGUCCCAAUCACGCAGUUCCUACUGAACCGCGGUGUGGACUUCCGCCUCAAUACGGGGGUCUGCGAUAUCAUCUUCGCGCACGACAACCCUGCUGAACCCAACGAACCGACCAGAGUCACAGCCAUCCAGACCUUCACCUCCGACGACAUCGUGCUCAUCUCGCUUGGUUCGAUAUUUAGUUCCACCCUAGCAGGAUCGAAUGACUAUCCCCCGCCUUCAUUCGAUCCGACCUCCCUUUCACAUUCUCUUGAUCCUGACGCUGAAACGACAGCUGAAUCCCAGCGCGACUCAGGCGUGGCGAUCUCCCCUGAGCUCGACGAGAACUGGCUCCUUUGGCUGCAGCUGUGCACCAAGCACCCCAAGUUCGGAAACGCAUACAAUUUCUGCACGAGGCAGCAUGCUUCACGGAUUGAAUCGUUUACAGUUACUGCUUCUACAGAGGAGCUCUUUAACGUAUUGGCUGAUGUAUCAGCGAUCAAGCCCUUACCGGGUCCGAACACAAUCCUGACAUUCUCCGAUACGCCAUGGGUCGUUACGCUGAGAGUUCCGACCCAGCCCGUCUUCCCAGACCAACCAGCGGGAGUCCAGGUUGCGUAUGGUUAUGCGCUUGCACCCGAGAAAGAGGGGAUGUACGUAACCAAACCGAUGCUUCACUGCUCGGGUAGAGAAAUUCUCACAGAGAUUCUCUGCCAUAUGGAUAUCCCACCAGGUCAUCCGUCCCAUGAAACCAUACUUAAUAGCACCAUGACAAUCCCCUGCAUCCAGCCGCGUGCUACAGCGACGCUCCUACCUAGGGAAUCAACAGAUAGGCCGCCCGUGAUUCCACAGGGGAUCAGCAAUAUGGCGUGCAUCGGGGCAUUUGUAGAAAUUCCAGAUGAGCUCGCUGUGACGGGGGACUAUAGCGUGCGCGGGGCGCAGAUUGCAGUUAGAGAGCUGAUGGGUGUUGAUAGCGAAGUCGUGCGAAGAAAGAAAAGCAAGAGGGGGUCUUCAACCGGGCUGCGGGUACUAUAA